UAAAAGCCUAAAAGUGCAAAACCCCAAGAAAACCCUUGAAUUUCUUUCUUCUUCAUCAUCAGAAACUAGUUUCUUUGCACAAAAACAUGGCCGCCAUUGCUGCAAGAUCAGUCCUACGCUCCGCGCGUCUGGGAAGCACAAGAUUCGCCAAACCCACCAAGUCCCCUUCUUCUCCUUUUCUCCUCCCCAAACAAAAACCCCCCUCUUCAUCCAUUUCAAGGAUACCAGUUGAGAUGAGCUGUGCUAUGGAUUCAAUGUUACCAUUUCACACAGCUACGGCUUCUGCAUUGCUUACUUCAAUGCUUUCUGUCACUCCUAGGAUCUAUAAUUGGACCAUUGAAGGGUUGUGAGCACUAAUUUUGUCGCACGUCAACCUGAAGAGUCUUCAGUCUAUAUGCAUGACUAUGAGUUGUGGGGAUGUGCUGCAUUUGGAGGCAAUUCAGUGGAUGGUGGGAUAACAAUGUAAUAAUACAACUUUAGGCAGUUCAACGGUUAACUGUGAAAUCAAAUUGUUCAACUGUUCCUUUUUCUGGGAAGUGCAAGUAAUCAUAUUUAAAUCAGGGACGCAUGCAUGUAGUAUUAAAUUGCUGGCACAAUUACUAAAUGUUGUUUAAUUUCAAAAUUCUUUAAAGUGGUUA